AAACGACAUGUCGUAUACUUUCUAAAAAUCACACACUGUUGUGUGUGUCUAUAAAACCCCCAAAAAACCCAGAAGUGAGUAGCAGAGACUGAGAAUGGCCUACUCCAAAGUCGUCUCUAGGUUAUCCUCCAGAUUAAACCCCUCCUUCACUCACACCCUCACCAAAACGACGCCGUCUCCGGCACCGGGGCUCUCCUCGCUCAAAUUUCCGACACCCGCUCCCGUCCGGCGCAUUUCCAGGCUACCAUUGGAAUUGAGCAGCGUGGAGUCGAUGUUGCCGCUGCACAGUGCAAUCGCUUCGGCGCGGUUGAUAUCGAGCUUGCCGAUUGACUCCCAGAGCUGGGGAUUAGUUCCUCAAGGAAUUUCGAUGCCUUUAUGACAGCACUCUCUGUAUCAAAUUGUCCCGCAGAGAUUUUGUUUGGCGGCAAUGUAGGGCUCGUGUUGACAAUUUCCUAUGUGACUAUAGUAGCGUAAUGUGUUAAACUGUUUAUUGGGCAUCAGUGCUUGUUGAUUUUCAUCCUUUGUCAGAAUCCCCUUAUAAAGGAUUCAGCCUCUUCCUGCUGAGCCAAGCAGGGGGACGAUUGAGUUGUUAUUGCUUAGUAUCAGCUCUGAGUUGCAUGUCAAAUUACAGUCACACAACAUUGGCAUUGUAAGGUGAUUUAAGCCCAUGUUAAUUCUGCCAGUUGCUUAUCUUCAGAAUCCUUAACGCGGUACUUUUGAGUUUCGACAUGUUCUUUGAGAGAGUUUCCUUAUUGCAAUACUUUUGUGUUUAGCAUAAUCUUUGAGAUGUUAUGGUGAAGGAGCCUUUGCGCCAGGGUUAGAAACAUGCCGGAUCACUGGAGGUUUGGAGAGUA